GAUAGUGCAGUCUCCGCUCGCACGUGACGACGCAGGCACACGUACAUGAGCGCGUACGCGCGAGUCAGUUAGUUGACCGAGACAAUGUUUUCGAGCGGCAGUGUCGCGAGUGUUGGCAAAAUGGAGAAACUUAUUGAAGCUGUUCAACACGAAAAAAGUUUAUACGACGUAAGAGACCAAUAUUAUCUGAACACAAAAUUAAAGGAGGCUAUUUGGGAACGAAUCGCAAAGACGCUAAAUUUCAAGAGUGGAGUUGAAGCCAAGAAAACUUGGGAAAAACUGAGAAACAAUCACCGGGAUGCGCUUCGUCGGCAGAAACUGACUAGAUGGAAAAAUGAACCUUUAAAGCCGUGGCGAUAUCAACGACAAAUGGCGUUCUUAGUCCCGUAUAUGGCAAAGAGGACAAAUCCGAAUAACGCUAACAUUGGCGUGAAUGAAGAUACACUAAAUGACGAAUCAUGUCAUAGUAAUUCAAAUACUAUAGAAAAAGACAUGCAAAAAGAUGUUAGUGAUACUGAUAUGUUACAAUCAGAAGAUGAAGAGUCUGAUGAAUCGUAUGCUGGUACAGCAAGUGAUCAAGGAAAUGGAAGACGACUAAAAGAGAGCGCUUUGGAUAAGUUACUAAUCAAAUCGAUUAAGAACCAUGAACGUAGAGCAGCUAAAAGACAGCAAGAACGGGAGCAAAUAAUUGCUAACACUAACAAUGAUUGCACCAUAAGCAAUGUUAAAAAUGAUUCACUUUUUCAUUUUUUUAUUAGUAUGUACGAGACUACAAAAAAACUGCCGCUACAGUCUCAACUCAAUAUUAAAACAAACUUAUUUUCAUUGGUGACCACAGAAGAAUCUAAACACAUGAUGGAAAUGUUGGCUUGUGAACAUCCUUCCUUUUCAUAGUAUUAAAUUUAAUUUUAAAAUGAUUGUUGUACUUCGAAUUGUUCCACUUAACUUUGUAUUUUUUUAUAUAAUAAACUCACUUUAAAAAACGACUGAU